GCUCUUUUACAUUAUUUAUGUCAUUUAUUUCUGUUUAUAUACUUGAUCUUUUUCUCUUUGAUGUUUUAAUGACCGUAAACGAAAUUUGGCUGUUUUGACAGGAGCUUUAAAAUAUUUCUUUUUUAGAGGAUCGAGCAUAUAUGAGACAAUCAAAUAUUAAUAUUUGAUCAGUUGUUAUUGAUGAUGAUAGUAGAGUACAACGGGGCUAAAGGCACACCUUAAGGAAACAUGGUUUUUAUCUGGUCACAAAAUGUUUUAUUGAACAUUGAUGGAGCAACAUAAUUAGUGUGAAAAGAAAUAAUAAGGGAAGGUUGUUUUGAUUAAAAAUGUAGUUUUAAAGGUGGUGAUGGAAAGGUCCCUAGGGGGGUUAAAGUGAUAUGGUGUAGAUAUAGAGGCAGUACUUAUAGAGCACAAUAUGUCAACUAAUGCAAAUAAUUUUGAGACAACCUGCUGAUUUGUUUUAGUAACAAAUUAAGAUAAUACUUACUCAAAAUAACUACUUCAGAAAAGGGUGCACGGUUUCCUAUUAAUUUCAAAAACAUUUGGCAUUUUAUAACAUCUCAAGUAUUCUAAAAAAACAAACAAAUACAUCUCCAUUGUGACUGGAUUAGUCAAUGUGAGCUCACUUUGAAAAGUUUCAGAACAAAUCUAUUCCACCCCACUUAAAAACAAUGUAUUUUUAGCCCAUGCACUAAGGGGGCAUUUUGCCCUAAAGAAUAACAUUUCAUUCAUUGGACAGUUAUUUUUUAUCCCCUUUUCUCCCAAUUUGGAAUGCCCAAUUCCCACUACUUAGUAGGUCCUCGUGAUGGCGCGGUUACUCACCUCAAUCCGGGUGGUGGAGGACAAGUCUCAGUUGCCUCCGCUUCUGAGACCGUCAAUCCGCGCAUCUUAUCACGUGACUCGUUGUGCAUGACACCGCGGAGACUCACAGCAUGUGGAGGCUCAUGCUACUCUCCAUGAUCCACGCACAACUUACCACACGCCCCAUUGAGAGCGAGAACCACCAAUCACGACCACGAGGAGGUUACCCCAUGUGACUCUACCCUCCCUAGCAACCGGGCCAAUUUGGUUGCUUAGGAGACCUGGCUGGAGUCACUCAGCACGCUCUGGAUUCAAACUCACGACUCCAGGGGUGGUAGUCAGCGUCAAUACUCGCUGAGCUACCCAGACCCCCUUCAUUGGACAGUUAUUUAAAAACUUUGAUUUAAUGACCUUGAACAAAAUUGAAAACGAUAAGAAUUUUGUCUUAUAAUAAAUGUGAAAAUUUCAGGGAGCAUUUUCAUUAGCUACAUUAAUAUGCAACGUUUAUAAAAUAUUAGAAAUUAGAUCAAACUGCCUCAGAAUCAACCUUAGGACAACACAUGCAAAGAUCACAUGGAACAGGAACAUUUUUAGCAUAGUGACAGUGGUGCCUGCAGCUGUACGGCCGUACACACUGUGCGUACCUUGAGAGCUCCGACUGACCUGAAGAAAAAUGUAUCUGAGAAUAUUUCAGCAAAAAUGACGUGCAUCCCGUACUGAUGUUGUCUGUUUAAAAGAACCAGCGAUGCCCGAUUUGCGAAUGAAUCAUUCUUUUGAGUCGGUUCUUUUCAGUGAAUUGGUUAAACAGGCUUGCAAAACAGUCUGAAUCGAUUUUUGAUUCAUCCAGUUAGUUCAUUCGGACUGCUCUCCAAUGGAAUCAUUUGGAUUGGUUUCUCACUCAUUAAAACAGUAUCAUGUGAUAUUUAAGGACAGAGAGAACAAACAUCGCUGGAUAAAGUUAAUAUAUACCUACAAUCAACUGAAAUAAAAGACUGCCUUUUUGAGAGGUAAAUUUGAGAAACUUCAGCUAGUUCAGUUUCAUGUGAAUAAGGGGCUGUUCAAGCCAAAUGUGUUUUUGUGUACACUCACGCCUUUUCAGUCGUUUACCAUAUAAACACUCAUAGAUGCGUUUCUUUUGACAACUGUGUCACUUUCACUGUGUUUUUAGUAUCUCUCACAGAAGUGCAGCAUAUUUAGAUGCCAUGUUAAAAAGUUAAAAAGAACUUCAAAUGUACACGUUUCAAGACAACUGCGUUCUGCACUAUUCGUUGUGGUGUCUUGCUUUUUUGUGCAAGAAUGCGUUUGUUGUGAACGGUUACUGGAAGAAAUGCUUUAGCCCAGUGGUACCCCAACACUGCACAUUUUGUAUACCUCCCUUUUCUGACACACCCAUUUCAGGUAGUGGAGUCUCCACUAAUGAGCUAAUGAGUUGAAUCAGGUGUUUGAUUAGGGAGAUAUCCAAAAUGUGUAGUGUUGGGGGGCCUCCAGGAACAGGGUUGGGAACCACUGCUAGCCAACAGUUACAUGAAUUCUACACAAACACAAGAGAGAAAAAAAUGCUUUUCAUAAAGUCACCAGAACUGAAUGUUUUGGUGUUUUUGUACAACAUUUUUGUGUGUGUGUGUGUCCCCGGACCUCCCUAGAUAUUAGCGUAUGUUAGUCUGAUUUCUGUGCGUACCCUCCGAUGAAAUCCUGUAGGCGCCCAUGCAUAGUGACUAGGGGUGGGGGAAAAAAAUCGAUUCACAUAUGAAUCGCGAUUCUGACUUCUACCGAUUCUAAUCGAUUCACAAAUUUCAAAAAUCUAUUUUCUAAAUGUUAGUAAUAACAUGAUGCUGUCGGAACAAAAAAAGGCGGAAGUCAACUGCAAGAGCAGUGCUGCACUCGGACAGUUUAGAGAACGCACACCUCACACCGUGAGCAUGAAGGUGCAGCAGCAGUGUAUCCACGAGCAGAGGAAAAACAAAUACAUCCUGCCCCAUUUUCAGCAAGGGCUAGCGUUUGGACAAACUUCGGGUUUUAUCAUCUCCAGGGGAAGAAGGAGCUUGACAAGACUCGUGCAAUAUGCAAGCUUUGUAAAGCAAAGGUGAAGUAUGUUGGGAACACUACAAACAUGAGGACUCACGUUGAACGCUAUCAUCCAGAGAUGAAAGAUGCGGAACAAAAACCUCCAGUAGCAAACAUUCCGGUCAGCCAACGUGCACCAAUUUUUAAAAAUUCUAGCCAACUCUGAACGGGUGAAGAAAAUAACUCGGUCCAUAGCUUAUUUCGUUUCAAAAGAUCUGUGUCCCUACAGCGUCAUUGAUAAUUAAGGCUUUCGGUACAUGAUCCACACAAUUGAGCAUGCCAUCCCAUCUGCUUUUCACUGAGAAAGCUGUACCUCAGCUAUAAAAAGAGACAAAGAUAAACGUCGCAGAAGCCUUGAAGACAGCAACAAGAGUAGCACUAAUUUGUGAUGCGUGGACAUCAAAGACAACUCAGUCAUUUGUCACAUUUACCGCUCACUACAUCUCCGAUGACUGGCUGCUCGUGUCUCGUGUUCUGCAAACAAGAGUAAUGCAUGAAAGCCACACAGCUGCAAAUGUCAAUGAGAUGUUUCAGACUGUUGCACAGGAAUGGCAGCUCACAACCACUGACCUGGUAAUGGUUACCGAUAACACUGCUCACAUGGUUACUGCUACGCAGCUUGGCAACUUUGCACACGUUAAGUGUUUUGCACAUACCAUCAACCUCGCCGCACAGCGGGCUCUGAAGCUGCCAUCUGGAUCACGACUGCUGGGGAGGAUUCCCAAAAUUACUGGAUUUUUCCACCGCAGCCCCAACGCAAAUCAUGCCCUUGAGAAGAAACGGAGGCUUCUGGAGCUGCCACACCACAAGUUGAUGACGAAUGUGCUACAAGAAGGAAUAGCACGUUCGAGAUAAUAGACAGAUUCCUCGAGCAACAACCUGCCAUUUGCGCUGCUCUCCUCUCUCCUCGUGUGAGAAAAUGUGGAGCCGACAUCUGCAUACUAAAGGAAGUGGACAUCACCAAUACAGAAGAAAUGGCUAUGGCCCUCAAGCCAAUGAAAGAGGCAGCUAACAUAAUGUCAGAGGACAGCACACCAGCGUUGUCCAUGAUAGCUCUGCUGCAUGCGCAGCUACUCCACAACACAGACGCAGGGUUUUGUGGUGGUGAUGCACCAAUCGUCCGGGAAAUCAAACCCCAGGUUUAAAGCACUGCCUUUCCUCUCCCAAGAUGAACAACAGGACAUAAACUCCAAGGUGACUGCUGAGGCUGCAGCACUUGAGCAGGAGGAGCCUGAGGACCAUACUUAGGAGCCAGAAAGCCCAGACAAAGGCAUAGAUGAAGGCCCUGCCCCCAAAAGAAGAACAUCUGCACUGGCGAAUCGAUUGGAUGUUGAUGAUGAGCAACAGAGAUCAGCUGCUGGACAAACUCUCUGAACAGAGAUCCAGAGACACACAGGACUCAGAGCUCAGCCUCACUUUACUCUGUUAUACUGACACUCAGGAGAGUGUGUGUGACAGUAAUCAGGGUGAUCAAACCUCCACAGAGUCUCUGCUAGACUGCAGGAACCUGAUGGAGAUGAGAGGAGAAACCACAGCAGAGGAAGAACACACUCAUCAACAUCACAAUCAUGAUAAUGAUGAUGUGGAUUUUAUUCAACAUGACAAUCACAAUGAAGAUGAUGAUUUUAUUCCUUUAGAUGCAAAAAGUGGUUCAUCUUCGGAUGGAGAAACGGCUUCUACAUCAAAAGCAAGACAUGAGAGAUCCUUUUCUACCUCAGAAAAGAGGAACCUUCAUUCAAGAGUGCACAGAGUAAAGAAGGAGUUCCACUGUGAGCAGUGCGGGAAGGUGUUCUCUGAUUCCUCAAAUAUGAGGGCUCACAGGAAGAUACACAGCGACGAAAAGCCUUUUCAAUGCAGUGAGUGUGACAAGUGUUUCAGAACUAAAAAAGAUCUUGUUCUUCAUUGGAGAACACACACAGGGGAGAAACCAUUCAAGUGUCCUCAUUGUGAGGUGAGAUUCAGACACAGACACCAUGUGAAGGAACACUGUGUCCGUUUGCACACCAAUGAGAGUCUGUAUCAGUGCAGUGAAUGUGGGAAAACCUUUGUACAACUAGAUUCUUUAAAGUCACAUCAGAAAAUACACUCAAAAACCCAUCAAUGCUCACACUGUGAUAAACAGUUUAAUAACAAUUCUCGUCUGGUACUCCAUGAGAGAACACACUCUGGAGAGAAACCUUACCUCUGCUCUCACUGUGGAAAGAGCUUUGCUAAUUCACGUCAAUUCGGAGUUCAUGUAAGAGUGCACACGGGAGUAAAGCCGUAUCACUGUAGUGUUUGUGGAAAGAGUUUCAGUCAAUACGGUCACUUAUCAAAGCACCAGAAAACACACACUGGAGAAAGACCUUACAAAUGCACUCAGUGUGACAAAGCAUUUUCUCGAUCAGAUGUCCUGAAAGCCCAUCAGAGAGUGCAUACAGGAGAGAAACCUUACCGCUGCCCAAUCUGCAGGAAGGAAUUUGUACAUUUAGCAAGUUUUCGUGCUCAUAAGAAGAUACAUACUAAAGAUCAACCUUCUCUGGAAUCCCCUAGCAUCUUUUCAUGCCUCAGUCUGUGAAAAAGCCUUUGAUCCUUUGGUCAGACAGGCAUCAAUUGCCGCUUCUACACUAUCGGGCCAGUGCGAGCCAGGGCUAUCAACUGACCAGCCGGGGCCAAUAGCCUUGGACCUCAAGCCGCAAGACCAAAAUCGAUCUGCAUUCCCACCAUCGGGCCAACUCCGCUGCAUUGCCCAAAAACCAACCCUUAAUACGCAGCUGCAGUGCCAACGUUACACACACCGCCCAUUUCACAAGCAAGAGGGAAUCUCAAGCUGAGGUAUCAGGUUAUACAGUUAUCUAGAAUAUCGAGUUUCUAUUGUAUGUAAACAUUAGCUAGCCAGCUAGCAAGAUAAGUUAGUGUUGACAACUCACGACUGUAACUGCUAUGGUGUCUCGAGUGGUUUCUUCACUAACAGUGGUACGAUGUCCCAGGACACCAUUUAUGAAAGUUCACCGAACCAUGGAUAGUAAUUUCUUUGGGCACUGCUUUGUCCAUUGGUCAUUUUAACGGAUUUGUACUGUGCCCGCAUUUUAUUAAUUUUCUUCCCGAAACUGUACCACUGUACGCUGGAUACACAACCUGGGAAGUUCGGCGAAACUCCGCCUUUGACAUGGAACCCGCCUCAAUCCCCGGUUAGCCUUGUUUGGCCCAAGGGUAAUCAGUGGGCCAAAGUCAAGUCAACCUUUAUUUACCUUUAUUUAUGUUUUAUAAAAUGUUUUAUUUUAGCAAAAGAUCUCAGGUAGAAAAAGCUACCCUUGACAACAGCACUGAUCUGCUUAUUGAAAAGUAACAAAAGGUAAUUGGUGAAUUCUGAAAGCCCCGAGGUGGCACGAAUAAAGCCCCGGAAGUGACAGUGGGAACGCAACUGGCCCUGGCGUGCACUACCACACCCCCAUUUGGCCCGAUAGUGGAAACGUGGCUAAUUUUGUAGCAUAUAUGACUCAAACCUGUUUAGCUGUUUGUACAGUGAACUAGUGUUUCCUACUGAAAGGUAAACAAAGUGUACCUUGUUUGUAAUGCGUAUGAUAUAGUAUCUUUGGGUGCCUAGAAGAUGGCGUCAAUGUAAUAGUUUUGAGAACAAUGCUGAAAUUUUAACCGUUUAACUAGGGCUUGGCGAUGAUAUCGAUAUUUAUUGAAAAAAUAAAUCCUUCAUAUCGAUGAUAAACCUUUGAGUAAUUUCCGAUAUUUUAGCCUAUGUUCUACAUCUAGACGAUCUAGAUCAGUGGUUCUCAACCCUGUUCCUGGAGUCUUUCAGUGGAGUCAAACGAUCACUCAAGACAGUGAAAUUGGUGAAAUAAUAAUAAAAAAAAGGUCACACGCCUUAUGUAGUAUUAAAUCCUAAACUGAUUAUACCUCUUGAACUUCAAAUUAAAAGGUAGCUUACCCUAUGGAGUUUACUCAUGUAAACAAACAAGUCAUGUUUUCAUUCAUUCUUGAGGUCUAACAAACAUGUGGAAUGCAUUUUCUCCCCCAUUAAUGGUAUGACAUGUAUAUCGUGAUAAAUAUCGAUAUCGAACGAUAUGAAAAUUAAUAUUGUGAUUAUAUUUUUGGCUACAUCGCCCAGUCCUACAUGUAAACUGGUAAUAGAAAGAACCUCUGAAUGUGAGAUAAAUGUUUUGAAAAUGCAUUGAACUGAUUUGAACUGUUUUAUUAUGUACUUGUGUUUAGAAAAGAAGAUCAUAUACAUGUAUUAGAAUAGAUAAGUAUAAUCUAAAUGUAACCAGUGAUAUAAACAUGUGGUAGACAUACAUGUACAACAGAGAAAGGUGUAUGUAUGAGUAUGUUUUAGAGAAAGUGGUAAAUUUGUCUUAGACAAGUUUAUAGGUAUGCACAAAACAUAAUCCUCAAUUUAUGAAUGUGUAAAAUAAAACCAUACAUGGUUGUACAUGGCAGUUAAUUACUAAUGGAAAUGUAGUGCUGUGGUGUAACUAGAUAUUUAAAGUUUUAAUUGUCCUUUUUUAUUUAUUGGUUAAAGGUGCAGUAUGUAAGAUUCAGAAACCCUUGUUAUUAGUGACACCUGUGGCCGUUCAGUGAACUGCAGCAGCUACCUGUUGCUCAUGCUCGUGCACACACUCCAUAGGGACAUAUGUGAGCAAACAUCGGCCAAAACAAUGAUGUAACGUACAAAGAGACUGAAUGUGAUUCACCGACAUCAUGCUGACAGAUGAGGUAACAUAAUUAAAAUUACACAGUUAUGAUUGUUUUACUAUAAACUUUGAGACUGUAUAUUAUAUUUGACUCUCCAGUGCUGGAACAGGGCUAAAACAAAGUGUGGAUAUAGGUCUGACUAUGUGAGACUGUAGUUUGAAGUGAUCACUUUUCUUUGCAUGAUACAUUGACUGCAUUUAUACGAUAGCCUAUGUCAGCGUUAGCUAGCUAGCCAGCUUUAUCAAUAGCUGUUAGCUAAAUUUGGUGGAUGAUGACAGUAGCUGUUUAUAAAAUAGACUGUACAUUAUAAAUAUGCUGACAAUUCAGUAUUGAUGUGAUUCCAUCACAACUGUCAUUUUGAUAUAUCGAUGCGUUAUUGUUUUAUAAUAAUAGAAUGUUUAUAUUUUCUGUAUAACCAAGUUACGUUACACUAAUGAAUGGAGCUUUCUGCAUUAUCUUGAACAUUGUCUAGCAUUCAUUUCAUGUGUUAUUGUAGUUUACCCUGCUGAAUAAUUACAGAUGAACAUUGAUUAUGACAGUUACUGUGCAGGCAAGAUCAAGUUAGCUAAAAUGACUCGGAUCAAUCACUAUAUUGCACUAUAUUUCACAUGCUGUGCAGUUAUGUAAGUUUACCUGUCCAAUAAGAAGAACGCCAAUUCAGGGUCGGUUCUGAUCCCCAAAAGCGAACGAAGUUCCCUCCAGGAAUCAAAUGCCCUGCCGAAGUUCACUCUAGUUUUCGCUCGACCACGAUCACGUUCCCGCUUAGCCAGACGGGAUUCAGUAGAUAAAUGUUUGUUUUUUGGCUUACUCUGAGUUUGUGUAGGAGUCGGUGUUGUGCUGGGAGCCGGACGUUUGCUGGAUUCCAUCUCUAAGAUAACGUUACCUAGUGUUGCAGUUUGUUGUCACUGUUGAAUAGCGGAAGAGAAGCACUGAGGCUCUCGGGAGCGUGCAUAAACGUCACAUCCUUUGGAUUUUCCCUGCAAAAGCGACCCGCUCCCUUCACAUGAAAAUCAGUCUACAGGCUUUAAUAGGCAACCUAGGAAGUCCGGGAAGGGCUCAUUUUUUAAGUUGCAUUACAAGCCGUUCACACAUUGGCAAAAUAUGUAAAAAUGUAUGUAAAACCGCCUUAGAGUCCCAUCAGGAAUGCCACCAUUUUGAAGUCUCCUAUGACCUCCCA